AUGGCGACGGCAUCUGCAACGCUCUCUCCGGCGACAUUUUCGGCUGCGUCGGCUGGCUCCGCCGGCCGGGCCUCCCAGAGGAGAAAAGCCGGAGUAACCUACGUCGCCGGACUGAACUCUUUUGGGGGCCUUAAAGCUCACAACAGCGUGGUCUCUUUGGGAGUUCCCGUUUGUACCGAGCAGUCGUUUGCGAAGAUAGUCAGCUCUUUGAAGCGGCCGUCGAGAGGCGGAGGCGGAGCUCUGUCGUCCAGCUGCAGCGCCGCCGGCGAGAUAUUCACGAUUGCGGCAAUCAUGAACGGGCUUGUCCUCGUGGGAGUUGCGGUGGGGUUUGUGCUUCUGGGGAUUGAAUCAUCGGUCGAGGAAGCUGAAUAAGAGGAGGAGGGGGUUGAAUCCUUGGUAAUGAAUGGGAUUCAUGUGCCUUUGUUCAAUUGCUUGCUUCAUUUGAGCUAGAACUGAACUGUAUUAGCUUUGGCGGCUAUUGAAACCAAAGUGCCAACAUGGUUUCUGUUAUAAACUUGAAUCAAUCAAUGGGCUUCAUAUA